AUGGUGAAAUUCUACAGCAGUGAAUACUCCUACGACUAUGGCUUCAGCGCCGUCUCCCUGGCCUACUUUCUCCGUUAUCCCAAUCCCUACAGUCGCCAUGUCGCAUCGACCGACACCAUCGACAGGCACUAUGAUCCAGUCACGCAACGCCUGACCACGACUCGACUCCAUGUUAAACGCAGCCGAUUGCCACCGGCCGUGCUCAAGCUGCUACCACGAAGCUCGCUCGGUGCAAACGAGGAUGGCAGCACCCAGAGCUUCAUCCUUGAAAAGAGCGUUAUCGACGUAAAAGAAGGAUGGAUGGAGACAGAAAGUCGGAAUCUGGACUGGAACAACGUCCUCUCGGUUAUCGAACGCCACACGUACAAACGACCUGCCUUGACCACUUCUGGCGAAGAGAAGGAUAUUAGCAAUGACGUCUCGCUACCCAAAGACGAAGAGCGAACGGAUGUAUCGGUCAGCGUGACUUUGAAGAGCAGGAUUGGGGAGCAGAUUCGCAAAAGGAGGCAGCGAUGGGGACAGCAGGCUUCGGCUACUUCGGUCACUGGCAACGGCGAGGUCGUACCAGCAGAUGAGGAGCCAGUCAAGCAGAGUUGGUUCAGCAGCUGGAGUUCUGGAGCCGUGCGGUCAGCGAUCGAGUCGAUAUCUUUGCAACGGACCGAGAAAAGUCAGCCCAAGGCACAGAAGGGCAUGUCGGUUGUUCUUGCACGGCUCCAGAAGGGUGGACUCCAGGCUGUGCUCGAGGGCAUGCGAAACGACCGCGAGCUCGCAGUCUAA